AUGACCUCUUACAUUAAUACCAAGGAAAAUGAAAUCAAAAAUAUCAACAACCUUUUAGAACAAAAUAGUAAUAAUCAACAACAGAUAUUGAAAGAAUACGACGAUAAUUACAAAUUAAAAAUCUCCUCUUUCAAAGAACAAUUAUCUCAAGAAUCUGAAGAGACUUAUAAUAAACUCAAAAUUUGUGAAACCACCCUCGAUGAAGCUAACAAACAAAUCAUAGUGCUCAAGGUUGAGAAAGAGAAUCUAGCUAAAUUGAAUGCCAAAGUGACGAAAGAAUUGAAAAAUUUUGAAUUAGAACAAGCCGAUACCAUGGGUCAUCACAAUCACAAACAAAAAAUCAGGCACGUUAUAACUUUGAAAGAAGAAAAUUUAAAGUUGAAUGAUGAACUAAACAAAGUCAAGCACGAUUUGAAAAAGAAGGACCAACUUUUGAAAGCUUAUGAAGAUAAGAUGAAUAGAUUGGAAGGUAAAAAGAAAUUUGAUCCUAAAUUAGCUUUUCAAUGUCACAUAUUGAAAGAGGUUAAUGAGAACAAAGAGAAUAUACUUUGA